CGCGGUGCUGGCGGCGGCGUCGGAGGGCGGCGGCGGCGCGGGCGGAGGAAGCAGCAGCUGCUCCGGCGGGGUCUCCGGGGCGCACAUGCCGGGAGGAGGAGGGGGCCUGAAUUCGGGGGGCUGCCCUGGCGGCGGCGGCGGCGGCGCUGCUGCCUCUUCGGCGGGCCCGUCGUCGUGGACGCGCUCGUUGGAGCGGGCGCUGGAGGAGGCGGCGGCCAGCGGCGCCCUCAGCCUGAGCGGCAGGAAGCUGAGGGACUACCCGCGGGGCAGCGCCGCCAGUCACGACCUCAGCGACACCACGCAGGCCGAUUUAUCGCGGAACAGACUCUCGGAGCUGCCAGCAGAAACUUGUCUCUUUGUUUCCCUUGAGAGCCUUAAUUUGUACCAGAAUUGCAUUCGCUAUAUUCCAGAAGCCAUUCUGAACCUGCAGUCCUUAACGUUCCUGAAUAUCAGCCGGAAUCAGCUUUCAACAUUGCCGGUUCACUUGUGCAGCCUGCCUUUGAAAGUUUUGAUAGCAAGCAAUAAUAAGCUUGUCUCACUACCUGAAGAAAUUGGGCAGCUAAGACACCUGAUGGAGCUUGAUGUAAGCUGUAAUGAAAUACAGACAGUUCCAUCACAGAUCGGCAGUUUAUAUUCUCUACGGGACCUGAACCUCAGAAGAAAUCACCUGGUGCAUUUACCUGAAGAGCUUGCCGAGUUGCCUUUGAUUCGGUUAGAUUUCUCUUGCAAUAAAAUCACAACAAUUCCGGUUUGUUACCGUAACCUCAGGCACUUACAGACAAUCACCCUAGAUAACAACCCACUGCAGUCACCCCCUGCACAGAUAUGCAUAAAAGGAAAAGUCCACAUAUUUAAGUAUCUGAAUAUGGAAGCAUGCAAAGUAGCGCCAGAUCUUCCAGAUUACGACAGGCGGCCAAUGGGGUUUGGUUCUUGCCAUGAAGAACUCUACUCCAGCCGACCAUAUGGAGCACUGGAUUCUGGUUUUAAUAGUGUGGACAGCGGAGACAAAAGGUGGUCAGGAAAUGAACCUACAGACGAAUUUUCUGAUCUUCCUCUGCGCGUGGCAGAAAUCACAAAAGAACAAAGACUGAGAAGAGAGAGUCAGUACCAGGAACACCGAGGGAGCAUGGUUGUCACCAACGGUGGAGUGGAACAUGAUCUGGAUCAGAUCGACUUUAUUGACAGUUGUGUCACCGAAGAGGAGGAGGAAGAGGUGAGGCAAUCCAAGUGCAUGGAGUCAGACAGCCUCAGCUCACAGUUCAUGGCAUAUAUUGAACAACGGCGAAUAUCUCAUGAGGGUUCACCAGUAAAACCAACACCCAUCCGGGAAUUCCACAGGUCAGAAGAUGCCAGAAGAUACUUGCAUCAUAAUAGAGAUGGAGAUGAAUUAAGACGACCUGAAAGUCUGAGCUUGACGCAUGACAGAGACCGACAGCAACUUCUGAGGAACUGCUUAGACCGAGCAGAAAGAGGUUCUGGCGACUCGUCUUGCCUUCUUUUGCUGUCCGGCACCCAUAAUCAGGUCUCUCACUCAGAUGCAGAUCUACACAAAAGGCGCGAGCAUUUAGUGGAACGCACCCGGAGGGAAGCCCAGCUUGCUGCGCUACAAUAUGAGGAGGAGAAGAUGAGGACAAAACAGAUCCAAAGGGAGGCUGUCCUCGACUUUGUCAAGCAAAAGGCAUCCCAGAGCCCUCAGAAGCAAAGCCCUCUGGAUAGCGAGAAUGGUUUUGAGCCUAUCUUAGUGUUUGAGAUUGACAGUAAUACCAACACCAUUAAAAGGAGGCCGGGGACACUCAACCAGAGUGAUGACAGAUCCACCAUCUCGCCAAAUUCGCCCACAGCUCAAACAGUUCACCUGUCUGCUCCAUAUCCUGGUCCAGCUGUUGCUGCUGCUCCUCCUUCCUACAGAAAUCCUCCCCAGCGUCCUGAGAGCUUCCUUUUUCGAAAUGUUGCCAGGGAUGAAGUGAGCAAAGCCACUGCAUCACUGUCUCCUUCUGCAUUGACACCUGCUAAUAGCACUGAAGACCAUAGUGAAAACCACAGUUCAAAGCUGCAGGAAGAAGAGGUUGAGCUGAUAGAGCAACUGCGGAAAAAAAUUGAAUCACGGUUGAAAGUGUCUUUGCCCAGCGACCUUGGAGCAGCGCUGACUGAUGGCGUGGUGCUCUGCCAUUUAGCCAAUCAUGUGCGGCCUCGUUCUGUUCCUAGUAUUCACGUCCCAUCACCAGCUGUUCCUAAAUUAACCAUGGCCAAGUGUAGACGGAAUGUGGAAAAUUUCCUGGAAGCUUGCCGAAAGAUUGGCGUGCCUCAGGAGCGAUUAUGUUUGCCUCUGCACAUAUUAGAAGAGAGAGGGUUGACGCGAGUGGCAGAGACUGUACAGGCACUUCUGGAACGGGCCCCCCCAAAACAGCAGCACCAGCAGCACCAGCAGCAGAAUCAGAAUCAGUUGGCUGCUGUGUAGUGACCCCCCGAGACCUUGUUGCUUUUUCCUUGGCCAAGCCGAAGAAUGCCCGGACUUGACUGCUGGGGCAGCGUGUCCAGACACAGGCAACCUUGCGUUCGAAGGAGGAAAUCUGUAUCCGGGAUUCCUGAAGGGAAUAAUUUUUGCUUCAUUUCUCCACUUUUUUUGGAGGUCACAAAAGUUUCCAUUGAACUUAAAGAGAAAAAAAAUUCUUUGUAAAGUGAGUUUUGCCUGCUCAUGUGGGAGGGAACCAGGGGCAGAUUUCACCUCCUCUCUGCUUCAUUUCUAAAUAAGACCACAGUUAAAUUGGGGCAGCGGGUGGGAGCCUUUGAAACUACCCCCCUCCCGGGGGAAAAACACCAUAUGUUUAAAAAAACUGCGGGGUGGCUAGUAUAUCGUAUUCAGAUAGGAAAUAUAUUUUGGUUUUUUUGCAAUGCUCUCAUUCGUUUCAGCACACAGAGCAUUUCUUGUGGAUUAGACCCACCUGAACACACACAUACUCCUCAGCCAGGACUUUGGAAGCGCACAUCUAAGAGUUAUUUCUAGCUUCAACGUCACUCCCAUCGGACGUAUGUAUAGGAAUACUUUUUCACACAGGUUCUUCCUCUGGCAUUCUGUGUUCCCAGCACAGUGCAAGAAAUUAAUGGUAGCAUCAAUCUACUCUAACUUGAUAACUCACGGUUUCCUGAAAGAGCAGUUCCUGGUACGACUUUUAACUUUCAUUGUCAAAUCAUCCUACAAAGAAACUGCUGUUUGGAGGUAAAUAGCAGGGCCCUUGACCUGUGCUUUUCAAAAGAUCUGUUAACUGGGUAGGAGAGUGGAUUAUUAAAGUAAACAGAGGCCAGUGGCUCUGUUGCAGAAAGAGAAAAAAAGUGCUCUUUGGUGGAUUUGAAAGAACAGUUUUAAAGGUAAUUCUUUUCAUGAAGAUGAGUUAAUCCAGCAUUUCCUUUUCUGCAUUAUUCUGCCAUCUGCCCUUCCCCUUUAUUCAUUGCUUCUCUCCUGUGUUCAAAACCUGUAGCUUUGGAAAGUGUGCGGGGGCAGAUGAAAACCAUGUUAGCAGUUUCUGAAGACGGGAUCUGCCCAGCAAGCACCGUAAAAAUGAACUGAGAAGUGCAGACUGGCAGUCAUGCAGUUCCUGCAGCUUCACUCCUGCCGCAGAUGUUGCCUUAUCAUGUGCAAUUUGAGGUUCAUGUCUUGUUUCUCCAACUGGAAUGCCUUUCAGACACUUACAUUCUCCCCUCCUCCCCCUGAUGCUAACAGAUUUCCAGGUGGAGCCAGCUGUGGGAAUUGGUGGUCAUGUACUGAAGCAUAUGCUGAUUCUGUGACUGAGAAGGACCAUAGGGAGGGAGCUGGGUAAUCAGAAUGUGGCUGGAAGCAAACCAUGUCAUCACUUAGGUGAGCAAUAUUUGGGCAGCGGGGAACAAGCCUGUGUGCUGGCUUCAGAGCCACACCCCAUAGCCCCUUACAGUAUCACAGAGGAUUGGGGGGGUACUUGGGGGCAGCAAAAUCUUUGGCUGCCUCCAUGCAAUAUGUUCUCUUGUGGCGCCCUCGCAAGGCACUGCUCUCCGUAGUGAUUCCUGGGGAAGAGAGGCCCUCCUGGCCUGUAUGUGAGGUUCACAAAAUAAAGCAGAAAACACUGAAUGUAAUGACAGAUGGCAGGAGGAGGUGAUAGAAUAGUUCAGCUGAGAUGUGUAGACAAUGGAUUUUGAGGAAUCUGGAAAAGAACCUCAGGCUGGCUGUGUUUUUGCUUUUGACGUGCAUUUUCCUCUCCCCAAGUGUCUCAGUUGCGCUGUGUUGAAACAAAGCACAAAUGUCAUUUAUGCUAUUCCUGUUGCUUUAGGUGGGCAUCGUCCUUUUUGCCAUUCUCACACUCCCUCUGCAAUCACUUCAUUUCUAUUUUGACGCCCUUCCUGGUUAAUUUUGCCUUGCUCGGCUCUUAGUUCCUUUUUGCUUCAUGACCCUUGGCUCCCAACUCUCCUCUGAAGCACAUGAAGAAUAUUUUUUAGCAAAACAGUAGCAUAUGGUUGAAGCAACAGUUUUCUUCUAGCUUGGAUGGCCUCAAGGCCUGCAGGUGCUGGAUGGGCCACAGGACUGCCUGCCUCUUUGCUGAUGCUGGGUGUGCCAUGUUUUGUGGGUGUGGUGUUGCCGGCCAGAAGCAAUUCUUGAGGAACCACAUCAGAUGCAAUAGCAGCAUUGAAAGCCCUCUCCCGGUUUCCUUUGCAUUUCCGUUUGCCACCUCGCAGGCCGCUGAUUCGGAUGCUUCACCAGUACUCAGCCACUUGUUUCGUACACAUCUCUGGGUUUUCUGUUAUUUAGGCAAGCAGGACCGUCUCAAAGUGGAGGGAAGCAAACUUAGCAUAGCGAGGUGGGUAAGAGAGGAGAGAUUUCAUGAAGGUUAGUCUUUCACUCCCACACCUUUU